AUGGACGAAGAAUACGGAGGUUUGGACGCUACUCCAAACCGUUGGCUGGAGUUCGGAUCAUGGGUUCGUGAUCAGGCCUUCGACCAUUGGGCGAUUCAGGCAUGCGACCGCCGAAACUUCACUGCAAAGCCUCUAUUCUCACCUGACAAGAAGGUUGAUGAUUGUAUCAAUGUUGAUGAUUAUAUCGCGGUACAAAGCGAAAAACGCAAGAUCAACCUUGUAUUCGACGGCUACAGAUACCUUGAAAAUUACGCAAACGGAAACUACGCAGAUACGUUUGCUAGCCCUGAGCGCAUUAACAACCUUCCUGUCACACACAACAAACCAGCAUUUGAGUGGGCUGAGAUAAUUGUUGUCCCUGACGUUGAUAUCAAUUCUACUCCCAAAUGCACCAACAACACUAAUGGGAACGACCAGAAUGUCCAAGACGGCAAUGAGAUUGAGGGAAACUAUAACAACGAUGAGAAUGAAGCUGAAGACGAUUAUGAAGAUGACGACGAAGACGAUUAUGACGAUGACGAUGAAGACGAUUAUGAAGACAACCAUGAAGACAACGACGAAUACGACGGCGAAGACGACGAUGAGAAUGAUGAUCUUGAUGCUGAAUGCGAUUUCAGUGUCUAUCUUGAGCAAUACCUCAAGAAGAAUAAGGGGGCAUGGAAUAAUCAUGCUCCAGAUGUAAGCAAUUGGCCUCUUAUCCGCUGCACAGGCAACGCAAAGAAGAAGUGGCCUCAGAAGAUGGCUAUUGAAGCUGCAUACCGCUAUUUCGACGAAUCAAAUGCACUGCACACUAAGCUAUUGGAUGAUACAAUCGAUGUCAUUAAAGAACACUACACUUCGCAGAAGGAGAGGAUGAUUGCUCGGAAGGAGAAGAAGAGUUCUCAGAAGGGAAAGAAAGAUUCUCGCUCUUAUGAAAAUGAAUCCAGCCUAGUCCGAACCACCAAAGCUGCCUGCGAGAAGGCAUGGCAGGCGUACUCUGGGGCUAAAGCGCACCAAAGGCCAUGGGAACAGAUUAUCCCAAAACAUGCACAGAUUUUAGCAUGCCAAUUCGUGGCGAAAAACGGGCAAAUCAACAGUUCGAUCGCCACUUACUUAACUGCCAUGUCGCUGGCUCACCUUCUGCAGGUCAGGACUAUUAGCACUGGAGAUGGAGACAAAGACGGAGAAGUCCGUAAUCUAGCGUUAUCAGCUGUUAAUACAGCUGCUAAUGCACUUCAAGCGGCCGAAGCGAGCGAGGAGAGGUUCAAGAAGAGGAUUGCGAAGCCUUUUCAGUCUUUGGCGCUUUUGGCACGUGAAUUUAAUGCUAUAGGUCCUAGGGUCGAUACUCUCGAGAAGGAACUCGGUAACCAAACAGCUGAGCUUAAGGCAGAGCUUGAUGGGGGAUUCAAGUUGGAACAAGCUCGUCUCAAGGAGGAACUUGAGAAGAAGCUUAAAAAGGAGCUUAAAGAGGAGCUCGAGAAAGAACAAAGCGAUCCCAAGGGUAGAUUGGACAAAGACCUCGCUGAGUUCAAGAAGACACAACUGGGUAAAGGGCAAGUAACUGGGUCAGGUUCCACGCCUUCUAUUCCUACUCCUUCGACUAACAAACGUGGUUCUACUUCAAGUGAGCCACGACCAACAAAGAAGACCAAGCUGGAUUUGAGCGAUUUCGAUUUCGAUUUCAUGGAAUAA